AUGCGUGCCCAAUGCGCGUCCGCCGCCCACUGGAGUUCAUGCGGUUGUGAAACCGGCCAGGACAGAGAGGACAGCGGCAGCAGGAGUCACCUCUGUGGUGCUGCAUCGCCUCAGGCAAUGGAGGGUGUUCUGCUGACGAACUGUAACAAACAGUCGCUUAACAGUCCUGCGACCUCCAAGGACGACGACUUUACCAACCAUGUGCCCUCAACCACCUCCGACUCCUCCCAGGUGGACAUCCUGAAGGAAUACAAGGUGUCCAGUAGGUAUUCGACUGGUCCGCAGCAGUUUCAACACAUGAGACGCGAUUUUUACUCACCUCGGCCGGCCGCCACGUCACAUUUUCCCUCCAGUCGGUUCCUCUACCUGUGGUCUGGCUGGAUAAGUCUUGUUAGUUUGUACAACCUUUGGAUCAUCAUCUACAGGUAUGCCUUUGACGAGGUGCAGUCGAGCACAGUUAAAAUUUGGUUCACGCUUGACUACACUGCGGAUUUCUUCUACAUUCUGGACAUUCUGCUGGGUCUGCGGACACCGUUUCUGCAGGACGGAAUACUCCAGCGAGACCCGCAGAAGACGCGGAAACAUUACAUGAAUUCUACGCGAUUCUACAUUGACUGUCUCUGCUUAUUGCCCCUAGACUUUUUGUACCUUUCAAUAGGGCUCAACUCGUUGGUGCGAAUAUUUCGCACAGUAAAAGUCUACCGAAUUUGGGAUUUUGUAUAUAGAGCCGAGCGCAUCGUCAGGAGGUCUAGUUUGCUUCAUGUCGCCAGGUGGAUUUUAUUCAACCUUAUUUUUAUACACUGGAAUGCCUGCCUUUAUCGCUGCAUCAUGAAUUCUGCGGGUUUCCAUGAGGACCUUCGAGGUCGUUCAAAUAUUCCUCUUGUCCAUCACGACGGAAACGUUGGACCGGCAUCAAAUGACACCUCAAACGUUCCGUGCGCCUUUGCCAGUUAUCUGCAUUCCCUGUUUUGGAGUUUACGCUGUAUGAUCAUGCUUCAUCCGAUUCCCGCUAGAGACGACUUUAACGAGUUCAUCUAUGGCUACUUCGUCAUCGAGGCCCUGAUCGGUGUUCUGCUGCUUGCAUUGCUUUACGGAAAGAUAAACAACGCUAUAGGCAAUUAUGACGCAACUCAGAACGAAUUUCAGGGUAAGUGAGUUGUGUAGUGCUCUGGCAUUGCGAUAAACCACACACAGCCUAUUUAUAUUUUAUGUGGCGCAUUUGAAAGAGGUCCACAUGCUGUAAGUAAUACGGUGCAAGCAGAAAGCAUUUAAGCGGCCAUUUAUGGCGCAUUUGCAGACAUGAACUAAAUUGCACGAGAAUAAAAACUUAGAUCUUAAAACGUGUCUAGUGGUAUUCUUCUUGAAGGAUCAACCUCUGAAAUGUACUCAUGUUCCUUGGUCUGCCAGAAAUUCAAGAUGGACUUUGAGCGCCUUGUUGCUGGUCUCCUGAACAAAACCUAUGUGCACAAUUUGUGUUUUCGCAAUCAGUCAGUUUAGGUAACCACAAGUGUAAAUCCCAUUGUUCAAUGUAAAAAAAUAGCCGGAAUGUCAUUACUGUAGACUUUUACUAGGUGCAUUCCGGGUUCGAAAGAAUGACCAUGUGCCCUAGCGAUAGACCUUUUUCCGAUAUAUUUUAUGGAAACUAUCAUUCAGCUGAUCACUUCAGCGACCUGCAUUUGGCGAGCAUUAAAAUCCUCACGGUAUUGAUAUUAGCCGACCAAACUUUGUAUCGAUGCGUUUUAAAACCAUCCAACCGAUUGCACGUCAUCCUGCUUGCCAGCGUAACCAUUCGUGAGCUACAGAUGAUUCAGCAACCUCUGUUUUAUUCUAAUUACAAUUAACCUUCAUCGAUAUCUCUUGUUUAAAUUAUCGUGUCCUCGUCACAGGGAGGUUAGUAUGUCAACGCCUGUCACGAUUUCAGCCUUGCUUGUCAGAUAAUUGACUUUUUAAUUCAAAAUGGAGACCGAAUACGAGAUUUUGAUUUUUCCAGGUGUACGGUUCAGACAUAUUCAAUUCAUAGAACACUAACGCGUCGCCGAUUUUAUGACUUGUGGAGAUUCCAGAAAUAAUGAAAAACCACAUCUACACCAUUAAGAGCUAGUUGCUUUAAUUAAUUCGAAAUAAUAGUCUAAAGGAGUAGGCAUUUCAAUAGAUAAACAGUUCAUGAACUUGCAUGCCUAAGGACGACGAUAUAUUAUCCGUGUUUGCCAAAAAUGGGACUGCAGGCGACAAUUAAAGGGCUAUUAGUUGAAGGCUGUCAGAUAAGGAACUUUAUCAUCAUAGGUGAUGCUGGUAGGUCCAAAACCAAGGGCUUUUAGCGUUGACCUAUGAUCAAAACUGUUUUGUGCUUUAUCUGUCGCAGGUUUCCUGCGCAUUACCAUUCCACGCGCAAGUGCUGCUUUCUCCAAUGUGUUUAAAUACGCAAAUGACACGUCGUUGGUAAUAAUACGACAGCUCUUUAACUUAGAUAAAAAUGACCGGCUAUGUCUUUGUACGAAAUCUCAGACUUUCUAUUCUAACAGUCAGACGCCUAGGGAAAUCUAAUUGGGCCGAAACACGCUGAGAAAUUGGUGCGUUCUGUUGAUGUAGUCCAUAAAUACAGGCGACUGUUCGCAUGAUAAACUCUGUGCAAAAGAAAAUCUUAACGGCAUGUGCAGCAAAUAUGCUAACUCUUGAAGUGUUAACUGAAAUUUUGGAAUGCGUCUUGGACCCGGAAAGCACACUUAAGUCGGAUUGCAACGCCAAUUAAAUGCAACAGUUGCAAUUCAGUUGCUUCAGGAUGUCAGCCUCCGUACGAACGUCUUUACAAAUGACUGCGAAAGCUGCACACUGUAAAAAAUGACAGCACGCCUAGUGUGAAUUUUUUUUCAUUGCCUUUCGAUACCCGUGGAAAUUCAAAUAUAUGUCAGAGAAAACACACACAAAAUAUCCGUUCUUUCUUUUAUGUGGUUGCAAAUUACGUCUUGUUCAAAUUUUGUACUUGACGAAAGGAUAUAUGUCGGUUUAAAAAGGGUUUUCAAUCGCAAGAUUUUUUCAGACUGUGAAAUGCCCCUUCAUAAAACAUCGUGUGGCUACGUUUACUAAUGUUGCUUGUAAAGUUUAUAAUCUGGUUCAAAUUCACUGCUAAAUUUUAUGAACACUAUAUGGUUUGCUCUUAAUAGCGUAUAAAAUGUAUUAUUCUUUGUACAUGAAAAAUAUACAGCAUGAAGCUUGGAAACCCUAAGUUCAAGUGCAAUGGUAGGCCGGGUCCAAUAUCAUUCGCAGAUUGGAGAAGUUCUUUAAAACCAAAUGAUACUAUUUCCUUAAGUAGAACAUUAAAAGAAAACGUAAUGUUCUACAAAAUGGACGAAAGAAUGAAAAUUUGUAUGCGUAUUUCCAGUGAAGUAUAUUUCAAUAUAUAAGGCCAUGGAAGAUUCAAGAGCAAAAUUCACACUACUUAAGUAGUUAUUUUUUACGGAGUAUGGUGUUUGCAGGCAACCGGUAAGAUGUUCCUGCGGAAGCCGGCAUCCUGAAGUAACUAAAUUGUCUUGAAAUUAUGUUGCAUGGUAAUUAAUAUUGCAACCCUACCUAAGUAACCUUUUCGAGGUGAAAAUAAAUUUCAAAAUUUCGGUUAACAUUCCAUGAGUUAGCACAUCUGCUGUACUUCGGUUCAACUCCUCUGAGCGCAUGAAUAAUUAUAUGCAAAGAUUACUCAGGUAGUUUGAUUACCAACACCUCCUACUUUGGUCCGUCAACAGAGGCUCAGCUCUUUGGGAGAGUGACUACCUGCUUUCUUCUGAUUGGUCGGUGUGUGUGGGCGCCUGGAUGUAGGUCGGCCUAAACGACUGCUUGUACGCCCUGUAGCUCAGGCGUCAGUUGCCGCGACCAGCGAAGCAGAAACGAACCGAGAGGUUGCCGUAGAAGUUUUUCGAAGGCCAAGGCGCCUAUCACGCAGACGUACAUGGCGCUAUAGAAACCAAGGUCACACAGGCACCUGGUCGUUAAAAACAGCUGAUUUUGACGCGUAUACAGACGCCCCCAGUGACAUCAUAGUUGACAAGUGUACCCUCUCCCAUGGCAAGCUGAAGCGGGAUAGCUAAAUGUCAGACACAGUAACCACCUAAGAUGAUAGUUUUACAUCCGUCUGUCGAAUUCUUUUUAGGUGGGGAAAUAUCACGCAAGGCUUUCAUGCAAUGAUAUACGUUCAGGUGCUGGUUUAUCUGUUUAAACCCUUUCAUGGUAGCCUAAACUCGGGAGCUUAACGUUGGCGAAGACAUUAGUUAAACAAUGAAAUGUGAUGGGAAGAAAAGUGGAGAAUCAAUAGAAGACCCCAAAGUGAAAGAAAAUGAAAAAAAACGCUGGGUAUUUUUAUGGGAAAAAAACCAUACAGGAUGGAAUAAGAUGAAAUCUAAGCUGCUCAAAGAAAACAAACAUCAUAGAAAAAAUGUGUUUAUUCAUGUCGAUAUACAAGCGGAAUUAUAAACGCUUAGCGCUGUAAUAAAACAUCUAUUAAGAAAUGCAAAUUUUAUUUCAGUCAGCUUUCUGAGGUGUUUUAAACAAGAACGAGGGUGAAAAAUUAUGGAUUGUGGUCUGGUACUAUAAAAAAUUCGCCUUGGGAAAAGUGCAAAUUUGCCUUUCGGGCUGGUUGAUAUUUUUGCUUUCGAGGGGUCUCAUAGCGUCAAACAACAGUUGCGCGCGUAAGAAUAGGUUUGAUUUAACUAGAUGUCCAAAGUCUUUGUUAAUUCUUGAAAGAACCAGGGCACGUUAACAAACAUUUCUUGUACCUUUAUCUUACUCACUAACAUCAACAGUAAGAAUAUGAUAUUGCUCCUCCAGUAUUUCAUGUUUUGAGCUAGUCAAAGUAUAUGGAAUACAUCAUCUUUUACUGGAAGGUAAACGUACUCCCAUCUUACAUAAAAAAUUAUGCAGUUUUGAAUUACCUGGAAAAACUAAAUUUGGCAACCUUUGAAAAGGACUUUCAGUUAGUCAGCGCGAAGAAAGUGAUUUCUUCCCUAACCUGAACAAAUGCAUUUUCCAAAAAAGAUCUGGCAUGGUUGUUUAUGACUUUUUUUUUAUCUAACGAGGUAAUCCUACUGAGAACAUAAAACUCCAUGUUAGUAACCUCACCUAGGCUGAAACCAGCUUAACACUUUCGCAGUGACCUCACGUCAAAGAAACAUAAAAACCACUGCACAAAAUUAUUUGCUAAAAUGACGCAUUUGACAAUUUAUUUUCCCUCUGAGGUUGUUAGUAGGAUAAAUCUGAGCGUUUAUUAACAUAUUUUUGCAUUGUGAUACCACCCGCUUCAAAUCCUUCAGUCUUCCUUCUUGCUCCUGAGACUGGUUCCGGUAGAGUUAUGAAGUCAGACAUUUUUACUUGCAUGGCUGUAGGUCAGCUGGACGAGUUCAAAAGUUUCCUGAUUGAUCGAAAGGCUCCCGAGGCCCUGCAGCGAAAGGUCAUCUCCUGGUUCGAUUACCUCUGGCGUCAGAGCAGAAUACCGGAUGAGCAGAAGGUCUUCAGCCAUCUGCCAGAUAGUCUGAAGGCAGAAAUCGCCAUUCAUGUCCACCUGGACACGCUGAAACGGGUUGACAUUUUUCAGGACGCUGAGGAGGGCUUCCUAUCUGAACUCGUCUUGCGUCUGCGGCCUGCCCUCUACUCGCCUGGUGAUUACAUUUGCAGGAAAGGUCAGAUUUUAUUCCUCUUGACUGCCUCCAUUACGACCUUUCAUCUUAAUUUGAACCCAUAAUUUUCGUUGAUCUUUUGACAUUUACAAAAAAUCUUAUUUUUAUCAUUUUUCUUCAGCUGUUACAUAAACAAAUAUCCUGUCGACUAUAACAACCAUCAACAAUUUUAGAAAAAGCAGGCCACUAGAUGCUCAACCACUUUGUUACCAACUAAGCCAUUGAGUUUCGAUAGAAAAAAAUAAGAGAGUUGAAUCAUCAUUUUUUAACUCGCACCUAUGCGUAUUUCGGUUAUUGCUACUUAAGAGACGGAGUGCGCUUCUGUUGUAAGAACAUCAGUAGUGAAGUAAAGCGUACUUCAAAACUAUAGCAAAAACAUGAGAGAACAAAGGUCUCGCAAAAUUGAGAGAAAAACAUCUGGAUGACUACCAGGUUAGCAGACUGGACCGCAGUUCUUCAGAGUCGAGGCAUUGCCAUUCUAUUGAUCUCGCAAAGGCAGUAAUAGUAUAAUGGCAGAAUGUUUACGUUGAUGAAAGGCGCCAGUUCGGGAUUCAUAGAAUGACCUGGGCGAUAUGAGACAAGAUUACUAAACUCAAUUAUCUUUUAAAAAACCCGAUUAUUGGAGAGACUGUUCCUUGCAGCCCGCUGCCGUACGAAAUUGAAUAUUGACUUAAGUAUUACUGCUCCCACACAGAGAAUAAUUCUGUUGUGUUAAGAAUGGGGAUGCAGGCUAAAAGAUUCACGAAUGCCGGAGCCACAGAAACAAGCAACCGAUUUGUGCCCGCCAGUCCGUAUAAUGAAUGCAAGUUAGGAAAUAAUUACUUCAGGAUGCUCCAAUCCGAGUUUUCUCUUAGUGGAAACGUCUAGGAAAACGAUAUUGCAAACAAACGAAACAUCGAAAAGCCCAAACAUCUAUACACAAGAAUCGUCCGCUGAAUUCCGAGUAGUAAAACGACAAUGCGAAUUGAAGUGAUCGAAAAGAUAAAAAUUCCAGCGUCGCUAGACUGUGCGGUAACCAAAGUUCAAGAAUCGAAAUAUAUAGCGAAGCAUGCCCUUUUUAGGAAAGCCAGAACUUGUCAUCUUCAAAAUAUACUCAUAGCGCCACGGCGAGCACACCGACAUAUAACAUGUUUAUUAGAUUUUGUAUGAAACAGCAGUAUACACGUAUUGAAACCAGAUGCCAUAAAGUCGGUGGAAAUAAUAGUAAAAAGGAAAGUGGUUCAAGGAUUUUCUGCAUGCAAGCCUAAUUCCACGAAACUAUGGGAAAUCCCAGAAAACGAUUAGAAAAACGAUUUAUUAACACCCACAAUACCUUACAAUAGACGUUUUGGAAAUAAAAUCAUGAACGAUGCACUGUUACUUUCAAGGUCAUCGAGCUGGAGUAUAAAAGCAGAACUGACUGGCAGAAUCCAUCCAUGCAACGAAUUUACGCGACUUAUCUUAGACAUUUAGAUGGCUGUAUUUCAUGUGGGAUAAGGAUUGACAGGCGGUUAUCGCGACCGAUCUUAAGGUGAGAUUUUUUACUGUCAGAAUAUGUUCCAAAGCAACUAACAAGAAAUCCAAAAAUGCCAUGUAGUUAGGAAGACUGCGAAAAUGUCUUUCCAAAACCGCCUAGCAUUGCUGAUGACGCAAGUGAAUUUCGAAUUGGCGGUAUGUUUAAAUAUUGUUAAGAAUAUUUCGACCAUUGCGACAUGCCAAAAACCUUAACUUACAUUUUGCAAAGAAACUUGAAAACAAUAAUGCCGUUUGCAUGAAAUGAAAUACAACAGAGAAGAAUGCGUUGUUCUGCUCACGAAGAUGCUUAGCAUGGAAUGCGAUGUCAAACAUAUGACUGGUUAAAUCGGCUGUCUAAAGUAUGUUCUUCUUGCACGAGAUUUUUGAUGCUUGAAAGUAUCCAAUCAUGUAAUGUUUUGGGAAAAAGUUAUAUACAGUUCAUCUUUAUCGUUCAUUUUGACAAAUAAUAAGCGAUAUUAAAAGGCAUUGUUGACGGUGUCCGUUAUCCGUAAAAAUAAUUUUUUAUUCCUUAAACUUUUUAAACCCAUAUUUAGCAUUUGUCUAACGUUUUUAACCCUGCAGACGAUUAUUCCAUCUAUGCGCAGGUCAUGAACAUGGGUUGAAAAUAUUUUUGGUUUAUGUAAUGCAUGCUGCGAAAUAUCCAACUAAAGUCGCACGCUCUAAGGUUCAUGAAAAAGCCUUAUUUGGCCUUUUACAGCUCCUGCCAGUUCAGUUGAAACCUAGAAAUAAUAUGAACACGGAUUACUUUUUCAGUGUGGGUUGUUUAACCCGUUGGAAAAUGUUCGUAGCGAAGAUGCAGUAACAACACUAUCAAAUAUACAUUAAUCAGCUUCAGAACGUCUAAAAUGAACGCAUCUGCUUAGGUCCGAGCUCCAUUAACGUUGGGCCACCUUUUGGGUCAUCAUUGCAUAUAUCUGUUUUUAAAUCUGACCGUAAAUCACUGUCUUGUUCCCACACCUCAACAUUUGCCAACCCCCACUCGGCCACAUAGACGUAUGCUCUUUCGCCAUUCCGCUCCCCCCUUACGACACGGUGAACAACAACCGAACCCCCCCCCCUAACACCUCCAACGCCGGCGCAUUGGGCCCUGACCUCAUCCCGCAUCAGUGACUAGCCGCCCGCAUUCCCACUGAUUCGCAAUCCCAUCCCCCCGCGUUUUCACCACCUCCAACACUGGGAGCCCUAACGGUUCUUCCUUCCCUCCCCCUGCCCCACGGCCGACCAUAACUAGGUGCCCACCCCUCUCACACAUCAGCUGUCUGUUUGUCGUUGUCUGUCCUGUCGCGCCAGCCGACCUAGUCUGCCGACUUCACUUGCCCUCUGUUCAUUUCGUCCGACGACGGGUCAGGUGUCACCGACUUGAAAAUUUACGAGUACAACUCGAUUUUCCGAAGAGCCUUCACUUAUUCAUAUAUAUGCAUGUUACAUGAUGUGAUCCUCUUGCUGAAGACAUUCCCACUAACAAUUGGGUACCUAUUGCUACAAACCAAGCGAAGGUUCCAGAUAAAAAAUUGUAGAUCCUUUCUUAAACCCAAACCGGAGAUGCGCAAAGUUGCGACGCAUCUUUAUAUGUUUUAUGUGUCUCAAAUCUCUCCUAAAGGUCAGAACCGUCGUCAUAUGUUCCCCUAGCAAGAGCAGAUUAAUCCUGUAUUUGCGCUACCCUAAGUUGAAAGCAGCGUUAAAACGUUUACUGCAUCCUUCAGCGUUUUCACGCUUCUCCUCUCCAGGACAAAUUGGCCGCCAGAUGUUCUUCGUUACCCAGGGCAAACUUGAGGUUCUGGCAGCCGAUGAGGUCAGCGUUAUUGCAACUCUCAGUGCCGGCAGCUACUUUGGAGAGAUCUCCAUCUUGAAUUUCGGCAGUAUCGGCAAUCGACGCACGGCUUCCGUGAGAUCAAUAGGUUACGCGGACCUAUUUUGCCUAUCCAAGGAGGACCUAUGGGAUGUGCUGAGAGAGUAUCCAGCGGCUAAGGAGAGACUCGAACAGGUUGGACUUAGCAGACUUCAGGACGCGAAGGCCCAACUUCAGCUGUCGGCCGCAGACGGAGGUGAGGUGGUUACUUAA